AUGUCAACUUUCAUCAUUAACACACUGAAAAAUGUAAAUUUGGAAUCUACGAAAACGCAUUUCAGUAAAAGAUUGAAAACAUCUAUUCGAAGUAUUUGGUCAUCGAACAGAACUAUAACAAAGCUUUGGAAUAACUUGAUAAAACAAAUUGUGAGUUUCACAAUUUGGACGAACAAACACAAUACCACGUUCUUUCGCGUUGAGUGCUUUUCGGUAACGAUAUAUUAUCUUAUUUUCUAUAUUGAUGAAUCUUUCAUUAAAUUUUUAUGGUCUGGGUUUUUAAAUAUUAUCAACGUUAAUACAGAAAUAGUUGAGUUCACUGCAAAUCCUUUGGUCCAUUUUUUCCAGACUGUUUCAAAAAAGAAUUCUUUAUAUAUAAUUCAAAUGAAAGCACUUGACUCAUUGUGUAAAAAUAAUAAUAAUUUGCCAUUUUUACUAAAAAUCAAAGCAAUUUAUGGGCGUGUCUUUGCUCUAGCAAAGUGUUAUACCAAGAGCAUGAGCACAUUUUUGUCAAAAGAAGUGUUGGAUUACUUUUUAAUUUCGAUACAAUUUAACUUGCUUAAAGAUAUUAACAACAUCUUAUUUUCUUCAACAAAUGAUGUCACUGAUAUCAUUAAUAAGAUACUGAAUAAUGUUCAUAACUCAUUGAAUGAGAUGUUUGCAUCAAUUAUACAACAAAAUAACUCGAUGAAAAAGGAGAGUGCAAAUAUGUUUAAAUACAAUAGUUUCUUUUACCAAGCAUUUUCUAUUCCAUGCAUCGACCCAAUGGAGUUCUCCAAAACAUUUCAUUUCUGUUUCAAAUGA